CCAGAGCGUGCCGCCCCGCCCUCUUGCGUUGUGUUGUGUUGGACAUCAGACUGUAAAACAUGGCGUCCUAUGUGUACCUGUUGCUGGUCUCUCUGUGUGUGGUACUGACCACUGGUCAGCGACCCUGUGUACAGAGUGGGGUGUGUCGGUGUACUCUGGAGGAUGGUCGUGUCAUGGACUUGAACCCUAUUGGUGACUUAAGGUUAACUGACAAGAGAGAAGACAGCAGCUACAUCUUCCAGCUGUGUAAGACGUUUCAACAAGAUACUGGAUGUAAUGACGUCUAUGGGUGCAGAUACAAUCACGUGAUCAGCGCUGGUCAACCAAUCGCUGGACAGGCCGGAGUGUUCCGGUCUGCUGAGGUGAUCAGCUACAGGUCAAGGGAGAGUGACGUCACGACCAUUGUAAAUCUGGACUGCUCAAGUGGUGAGGACACCAGCUUUACAGUGGUGGAAAGUGGUGACUCGAAAACUUUCAACUUUGUUGUGACGAGUAAACACGCUUGUCCCAAAGAUGUGUCUCAUCCGCUGAAAAAAAGACAAGCUCCUGCAGCUUCUACUUCAACAAGCAAAAUAUCCCCAACCACAACAAUCGUUACAACAACAACCAAAGCAACCACUAAAACAUCACCAACAACACCACCAACCACCAAAACAUCACCAACCACACCACCAACCACCAAAACAUCACCAACAACACCAACCACUAAAACAUCACCAACCACAGCAACCACCAAAGCAUCAUCAACGACCAAAUUCACCGGAUCGACGACAACCACCAAAUCCACCUCAGGCACCACAAAGUCAAGCACCAGGAACACAGGCACCACCGUGAAAACAACCGGUAAAAGUGGUUCCACCACGCGUCGCUCCACCACACCAUCACGCUCCACCAAAAAAGGAAAAGCCAGCAGUAUAAGUUCGGCUACCUUGUCAGUCCUGCUUGUAGUAGCUGCUGCCGUCAGGGCUCUCUUCUGACAGACGUCUCAUUAGUCAACUUAAUUAAUUAAGUCUUGCCAAUCAACAGGCUAAGAUAUGUGCAAUAAAAUGUGUUUUAUAUAUUC